GCUAAGAUUGUAAACAUUGGCCGAAGCCAGAAGUUUCUCUGGCGCCGGUGGUGCUGUGAGGGUUUCGCUCGUCCGUGGCGUUAAUUGUGAGGUGAUUGGUUUCUGUGCGAAACGGUGCUCUUAAAUGCCUUCGAAAGGCGAAGAUAUACUAAAUGGAUUUAAGCUGAAUUGGAUGAAUUUGAGAGAUGCUGACACCGGCAAAAUGCUUUGGCAAGGGACCGACGAUCUGUCUAAACCGGACGUUGAACACGAAGCUAGAGUUCCUAAGAAGAUAUUAAAAUGCCGUGCCGUGUCCCGAGAGAUCAAUUUCUCAUCUGUCGAGUCGAUGGAAAAAUUUCGACUCGAGCAAAAGGUUCUUUUCAAAGGGCGGUGCCUGGAAGAGUGGUUUUUUGAGUUUGGCUUCGUCAUCCCCAAUUCCACCAAUACGUGGCAGUCAUUAAUAGAGGCAGCGCCCGAAUCUCAGAUGAUGCCUGCCAACGUAUUGAAUGGGAAUGUUGUAAUAGAGACGAAGUUUUUCGAUGACAACCUUCUUGUGAGCACGUCCAAGGUUCGCCUGUAUUACAUCUGAGCCCCAGGCAUGAUGUUUGGCAUGGCACUUGGGAAUCCUGCAGCGACACCUUCAUCACCGCUGCCUCUCCCUGAGCUCACAUCUGUGGCGUCUCGAACAAACAAUAGUUUCUCCAUUGCUUGCAUUUUUAUUCCCAGAUUGCCAAACAGCUUCCGCUUUUUACGCAUUAUUUUUUCCUCCACCUUUUAUCAUUUUUUUCUGACCAUUUCUGGAACCAGUGAUGAAAGUCAUUUUUUAUACUAAGCUUUGUUGCAUUGGUGACCAAUUUGCUACAUUUUUCCCCCCAUCAUUUGUACAUAGUAUUUUGUUGAUGAGCCACGAGUUGUGUGGCUGAUGAGUAUUUAAGAUUUUGUCUGUUUCGUUUCUUCGGUUCUUGUUGUCCGAGUGUUGUUUGUUGUUGAUUGCGCUGAAAGCCCAUGCCAGUGCAGAGUGAGAGAUAGAAAUGAGCAGCUGCAACGGGCAUGUUAUGUUCACCUUGUGCUAUUCCAAUUUAUGUAGCUGCCGUUAUGGAAACUUGUAGUGUCCACUUAUUUUGGGUUCCUCCAAACCCUCAUGUUGUGGUUUCGCAGCUGCACUAGUCCAGACGAGUGUAAACAAGGCAGGAUGAUCGUGAUGCAAAAAAAAAAAAAUGUUGCCUCCUGUAGCUUUCUCGCACAUUUGUGAUGCUUAUUAUGCUGCUGCUUGUUUCUGCAAUGCAGGAAGUAAAAUGCGAGAGGUAUCGUGUGCUGCUCUGGCUUCAGGGAGCAGCAACCAGUGCAGAGUGCAUUUCAUGUGAAGUUUUACCAGUUCAACCUUCAAAUUUUAAAAUGUUCUUUCUAACCCUGUAACUCCCAGCAUCGUUGAAGAAGUGCGCAAACAAAAUGCCUAAAGAUUAUUGUUUUUUAUGUUCUGCCAAUUCUUUUUUUAUUUUUAUACCCGAGAUUCACAAGGUACCAUACACAUACUUCAAAAAAGAAGCUUUGCCAUCAGCACUUGUGAUGCUUCAAAUACAUUAAUCUGAACAGAUGAUAAGAAAAUCUAUUAUGUGACGCACCAGAUAUAUUUCACAAGUACUGGGACUCGAGUGCAGACCCGAAACAAUUUUUAUACAGCUAGGUUGGUCAUUGGCAAGCAAAACAAAGGACCAAGGUGAAAAGCUGCAGCCUGAUUCAGUAGGACUUGCAGUGGUAUUGCUACAAACUUCUAGGAAAAGUACACUUCAGGCUUGGGAGUUCAAAGGUUUCAAAACACUUCAGUGAGUAUGCUGGGUCCAAAACAGUGGUUGGCACACCAGUGUUGAUGCUUUUUACCCGUAAAUGUGUGGUUAGGCAUCUUUCCUUCGAAGCCUCAUUGCCUGAGACAUGGUGCCUCAUGCGUCGUUGAAAUUCUGGAUUAUGCAUGCUGCUCAAGCAUUUUCCCUCAUUCUGUGUGUGUGUGGCACUUGAAAUAGACCUGUAUGCACUUGGCUUGUUGUUAGAAGGACGCUGAAGCUGAAACGAGAUUGGUCAAGUGCAUUGUAUAGGAUAACAAAUUAGUCCAUCUUUGUGGAAGCAGAGGCUCAGCAAGCUGUAAAGGUUGCAAAAAUGAUAUGACCUGUGGCAACAUCUCCUUCCGGUUCCUGAACCUUAGCUGCCCGGUGUGAUGAUUUUUGACAGAUCAUCUUGUGGCUAUGUGGUUGUUUGUACCAGUGAAUAUUGCAUAAAUUAAGCAAAGGAAAGCUUUUCUGACACUCCUCCUUCCUCAUUAUAUAUAUAUAUAUAUAUAGGCUCCGAUAUGUGCAAAUUCCACGGCAUCCUUGAUGUCGUCUAUGGUUUGGAUGUGAAGUGCGAAGUGAAAUUUGACCUUCUGCGUUCUGCACUGCUAAAUUACUUUUUUUUUCUUUCUUCUCCCUCGCCAGGAAAAUGCACAGUUACAGCAUAGGCUCGUGUAAGGGCCGCACGUCCAACUUGGCAGCCCAAAAUUUCGAGAAAAAUAUUGCAGUGAAGAAGUAAUUGCAUUCGUUAACCUGAUGCCGCGUGCGCACAUCCGCGAAUUUUUGCUUGCUGCAUACUUCCGCAUGCCGCUAAUAGAUGGUGAGAGCUGCGCGUUGACCUCUCAUGCUAUUGGGUACAUCUGGGCAUCCGGGAUGUGCACAAGCCAAGGCUGUGCUGGCACCAUUUUGACGAAAAGGUUCGGUCCCAUGUAAGGAGGUGCAUCUCACCAAAAGUGUGAAAAAAAAAGUGCAGCCCUUACGCGAGUCUAUACAGUAGUUCUGAAAAAACUGCCGCACUAUAUUAAAGUGAGCUGGUGUUUGCCUUCAGCGUCCCUUUAACACUUGCCGCUCACUUCAUUGAUGAGCAUUGUCAUCACUGUUUGAGGAGUGCAUCAAAGCCAUAGAGACAAUGUUUCGGAAAGGGCCCUGCCUGCUGCAAACCAUGUGUGAAGUUUUGUCAACCAGUUUUGAGAAGGCUUCAAUCCUGUGAUAACCUAAGUUUACCAUGCUGAUCCAGCGGCUAACAAACAGUGCCAGCUCCACGCAUCGCUUGCCACCUUCACAAAAUAAUUAAAUCUGCGUGUAUAACUGGUCAUUGAAAGCAAGAGGCAUCAUGUACAUAGAUAUUGUUCUUUGUGUUGAGCCCACUGUGUGUUCUGUAGCAGUUGUAACACAGGCUGUCACUACUUUUAACGUGGUAUCCGUAACCAUGUUACGACUCCACAGAAGAAAAAAAAAUGUAUUUUCAUGUUUGCAAGCAGAUUGUGGUGUACUGAGAUCCACCAUCUACUUAGAAGAGCACAUUCCAGUUAGACUGCACUUAGGCUUGUCUGUUUGUACUGCUCUCAUCGUGUCACGAGCCUCACAGCUUUUUUUGUACCAUGUGCUGUCCAUAGGGUUUGUUAUAGUUACAUAGAGGGAAAACUAGCGCUGAUGUGCCAUUGUAUGCAUGGGAACACUGGAACGCAGAGGCCUCAGAUUGCCGCCUUUCUUGGAAAGCCAGGACAAUUUAAGGACAUGUAGACACUGUUUCAUAGACUCAAUGGCCCAUUCUUUGCUAAACCAGCAUGUAAUAUGUUCAUUUUUCCUUAUCUACAUAAAAAAAUCAUGCUUUGUUCUAAUUAAAUCGUGGGAACUCAUGCUUAUUGGAGCUAAUGUAUUGAAUGCGAACAGUGCCAGCGGCUGCUAAAUUUGUGUAAUAAUUACAAUCUGUUUGUGUUUCCUAAUGAAUAACGAAAAGUGCAUUAUGGUGAAACAGACACUGUUGAUUAUUUGAAAAAAGCAUUAUUUCUGUGGAAAUGACCAUGCUUUAAGCCAAGCCACAUUCAAGAUGAGUAUCACACACCCACAUCUGAACAUUUCCAUGGUGGCACACUGGAAACUCACACAAAUGGUAGUGCCAGAUUUUCCUCUAGGUAAUAUAUGAAACUCUAAGGUGCUUGCUGUCUACACCUCAACAUGCCACAUUUAGGACGGCCUAACAGUCUUUUCCACGUUUGAUGGCCCCAGCUGUUGUGAGAAUAUACAUAGUUGCUUCUUUCUCUCGCCCCCCCUUUUUAUUAGUUAUCGUAGUACAAAUUUCUGGUGUAUUUUUGGCACAGCAUCAUGUCUCUGCUUUUAAUGCUGUGUAGUGACUGCAGCCAAAGAUUCCUUUCAUGGAACCACCCAUUUAUGCAGGCAUCUCAUGACACAAUUUUUCGGCCAUGAUGAUGGCAUGGUUUGCUCGUGGCAUGAAAUAGGCACACAGAUGCCAUGGUGAGACGUGUUCUGUUCAGUUGCCACGUGAUGUUUGAUCUGUAGAUUCCAGUCAUAAAUCAUGUUUCGAACAGGCUGGCUACAUCUGUAUUAGUAAGACUAAAUUUGUUCUUUCCAUUCAAAAAUUUAAAUGAGAGUUAACCAGCUGUCAAGCAACAGCAGUUUGCUGCUGCUUCUUUUUUCCCCUCCGUUUUCUUUAACUUUGAUAAAGCAUGCAGGCAUUUAGGUGCCAGGUUUUUUUUAGGAAAUUUCACUACAGAACGCUCUUAAGAAUUUUGGCUGCUGCUUAAUGUCUGGCCAGUUUGUUUUAAGUGGGUUAUAUUAGCUGGUAUUGCAAAAAAAAAAAAAAUGUCAUCAGACAAGCUGCAAAUGCUGCAAAGAAAAUAUACAGUGGGAACAUUCAUUACUGUGCAGGAAAAGCCAUCCCAUUGGCAUAUUUGAGGCGAUCAUCAGGUUUUUGUUGCAGGUUUAUAUACAAGGCUUGAAAGUGCGGACCGUGACAAUUGUUGCACAAAAGAGAGCAAUAAAUUUGGUUUUCAACAAUA